CCGUCUCGGGGGUGUGGUAAUGCUCGCGCUGUGAACUCGUGCGCGCACGGGCUAUGAAUACUCCGCACUCAGAGAGAGGAGCGUACAGCGAGCACCGGAGAACCGACGGCAUGGCUGCGUCUAAGGGGAAGAGCGAACUCCGUUAUGCGGACUGGAUGUCAAGUUUACCGGCAACCUUGCACAGCAUUCCUCUCACCAAUCUCGCAAUACCGGGUUCCCAUGACUCUUUUAGUUUCUACAUUGACGAGGCCUCACCAGUUGGACCAGAACAGCCCGAGACAGUGCAGAACUUUGUCUCUGUGUUUGGCACUGUGGCCAAGAAGCUAAUGAGGAAAUGGUUGGCAACACAGACGAUGAACUUCACCAGCCAGCUGGAGGCAGGUAUCCGCUUCUUUGAUCUCCGCAUAUCCACCAAACCCAGAGACCCCGACAAUGAGCUCUACUUUGCACAUGGUCUGUUCAGCGCCACAGUACGUGAAGGCCUGGAGCAGAUCAGCACCUUUCUGGCCUCUCAUGCUCGUGAAGUGGUGUUCCUGGACUUCAACCACUUCUAUGGCGUACAGAACCUCCAUCACGAGAAGCUGGUCCAGAUGCUGCGAACCAUCUUUGGGGAUCGACUCUGCCCAGUAGUGUUUGCUCAAGAGGUAAGCCUGAAGUACCUCUGGGAGAAGGAGUAUCAGGUGCUGGUCUUCUAUCACAGUCCCAUGGCUCUGGAGGUUCCUUUCUUGUGGCCGGGUCAGAUGAUGCCCUCCCCUUGGGCCAACACCACAGAUCCUGAGAAGCUUAUUCAGUUCCUUCAAGCAUCUGUAAAUGAUCGGAGACGUAAGGGCACCUUUUUUGUGUCCCAGGUGGUUCUCACUCCCAAAGCAAGCACCGUUAUGAAGGGUGUCACCAGCGGCCUGAGAGAGACCAUCACAGAGAGGGCCCUUCCUAGCAUGAUGCAGUGGAUCCGCUCACAGCGACCUGGCGAAAGUGGCGUUAACAUCAUCACGGUUGACUUUGUGGAGCUGGGGGAAUUUAUCAGUGCUGUUAUCACCCUCAACUACUACCUGGAUGAUGAGGAAGAGAAUGCCACCUGAACCUCCAAAUAUCCCAAGUCACUUGUGCGCAACUACACAUGCUCCCUUUCUCUUAAUUUUUUAUAUAUUCUUAUUGAUUCUUAUUUCUUAUUUUUUUUUUUCAGAUCAUAGAUCUCUGUUCAUAUCUGACAUUUUUAGGGCUAAUAAAAACUGUAUAAGGUUAAGAGAUAUGAGUAGAGAGCAGACUUGGUCAGGUGGAGUUAUUUCAGGUAUUGUCUGAGAACAAGGCCAAAUCAGACAGAUGGAGAUUUCAUUUUUUCUGGGCAAAAAGUGCCUAGCAUUUUCUCAUGUUUCUCUGCUUCCCAUCUGUUGUAUUCUAUUGAUUCAAAUGUGCAAAAGUUUCUAAAUUCCGCUACUGAUCAAAGUACCAAUAACAUUAACUAAUUUCAUGGGGAAUAAAUAUUGUUUGUACAGUGAAUGUGAUGCUGACUCAAUAGUAGGUCUAUUUCUAGUGGUAUUAGUAACUUGUAUGAUUGUCAAGUUGUAAAUACUUGUAAACCUGUUGAAUUGUAACUUUGCUUACUAUUUGUCAUUCUCAAACCUACUUGUUGAGGUUUCCUUCAGGGCCUCAGUCUGGUUUUACAAUGUUGAAGAUGUGAACUACUAGAUGUUUGUAAUUACAACCCAAAAUUGCCAUUAUCAACACUAAUAAGUGAUGCUUUGCAUCUACAUUUUAUAGUCGUCCUUUAGUUUUUCCAUGAUUCUCCAAGAGAUUAUUUUAUAUCCUUGAUGAAAAAACAAACAGUAUUCAUUGCAUUUGCACUGCUGUGACUAUGUACUGUUAAAGAGUGGCCAUUGAAGUUUGCUGGCCAGUUAAAUCCAAACAUAUAGUGCAGAAAAAUCAGUAUAUGUGCCAGUGGGGUAAUAAUGAGCUAUACAAUCUAGCACUUAAUAGUGUAUGACUUGCAUAAACAAACAAACAAACAAACAAACAAACAAACAAACAAACAAACAAACAAACAAAGGAUAUAACUUAAUGGGUGUGAACAGACUAAUUAUGAUGCCAUUUUCUGAUUAGCUACAGUAAUUGGAUAAAUGGCCAUGCUAAUGUUUUAAUCACCCAGUUGCCAAAUAAUUUAAUUUGAUCAGUAUAUUCAUUUUUUUGAACAAUGUGACUGAUUCUUCCUCACUGCUGCUGUCUCCCUUUGUCUUUUAUUUUAGGAAUUGUUUGUAAUAAUAGGCUAAAUCAAUAAGAUAUUAUGUGGAAUUGUGCUCAAGACAGCAUGGGCACUGGAAAAUCCACUCUCAACAUUUUGGGUCAAAAAGUUUUCAACCUAAUUUAUUCAUUCAAGUGUUGGAAUCAAGUUGAUUAAUAUGACAAUCCCACUUUCAGCCUUGAGUAUGAACUUCAGUAUAAAUGCAUUAAUCAUGCCUUUGUUCUGUAUGAAAUUGCAUGUAGUUGUCAAGGUUGAUAAAUUGUAUGUAAACUUUCUAAGUUAAAUGUUCUAAUCCAACAUUUCUGACAAAUCUGGUGUACAAUAAAUGUAAAUACUGCAUAUACACCACAUAGUUACUUUGUUUAUACAGAUUUGGCAGUGACCUGCGAUCAACUGUUUAUAUCUCUCUAAAUUGCAUCAUUCCCCAUUCAUGUCCAAAUUGUUUAGCUUAAAAAAAAUCUGUUAUUUACUUACCCUCAUGUUGUUCCAAACCUAUAUGAACAUGAAAGGUGUGGAGCGGAGGGGGGCGGGGCCGGGUCGGAAUAUCGCGCGCCCGGUCCCCAAUCGGCCUGAUGAGGCGCGAGGGAUAAAGGCGGCCAGUGACGAUUGUUCGAGAGAGAGAGAAUUACGGGCAUGUCCGUCAUGUGUGUUUGUUUAUGUGUUUUUGAGUUUAAGUUUCUCAUUAAAAUACAAUAUAU